AUGACUCAGCCACAAGAAGCUCUCAGAGCACAAUAUUACCCGGAAAGCUCGGCGACUGAUCUUCCUCCCGUGCGACGUUUCAUCACGGGACAUGGCGCAGACGGCGCCGCUACUGUUCAGCGAGCAGAUGGUGGCCAGUGGACCCGCUACGACACCGGCAGCAUGGCAUUCAAUGUGUUAUAUACGACUUCGAAAUUCCCCGUCGAGAUGAACAAGGACGAGGAUGUGCAUGCUCAUGAUUCGCUGAUUGAUGGGGGGAUGUUGGGACUGGUGAACCCAAAGGGGUCGGUUCUGCGGAUCGUGGAUUUCGGACCAGGACUGAAGGGGCGGAUGCAUCGAACUCAGUCUCUUGACUAUGGAAUCGUCUUGGACGGGGAGGUCGACAUGGUCUUGGACAACGAUGAAACUCAUCGUCUUCGGAGAGGGGAUGUUGCUGUUCAGAGAGCGACAAUCCAUCAAUGGUGUAACCCUACUGAUAAAUGGGCUCGAGUCGCGUUUGUCUUACUAGACUCUGCCCCAUUGUCGGUAAAAGGGGAGCGACUGCACGAGGAUCUCGGCGGGCCGGCUCGUUACCCCGCAAGUGGAAAUGAUCAGUAA